UGGAAGAGUUUUAUAGGAAUAAAUUGAUUAUGGUAACCGGUUGCACCGGUUUCUUGGGCUCGGUGCUUGUCGAAAAACUUUUGCGAAGUUUUCCCGAUAUAUCGAAACUCUACCUAUUGGCUAGGAAGAAGGGAACGAUGAAUCUCAAUGAGAGGAGCAAAGAAUACUUCGAAGAUCCAAUUUUUGAGCGAAUGAUUUCUAUGAAUCCCGAUUACUAUGAAAGAGUCCAUUGGAUCGAAGGAGACUUAACCAUGCCUCGUCUGAACUUGUCCAACAACGACAUACAAGUAAUCAAAACUGUGGAUAUUGUUAUACAUAUUGGUGCUUCGAUAAAGAUGCAGAAUCCGCUUCACGAGAUGAUCAAGAAUAAUUUGUUAGGAACGGCAGAGCUGUUGAAGAUCUGUUUAGAAAACACAAAAAUAAAAUGUUUCAUGUACGUUUCAUCUGCUUUUUCCUACGCGAGGAGAUCUUGUUCUCACAUCGAGGAGAAGAUAUACGAACCAAUAUUAAAACCGGAAACGUUGAUGGAAGUAUCUAACGCUUUAACCAAUGAAGAACUGGAUGAAAUUGAAAACACGUUAAUGCAAGAUUGGCCCAAUUCGUAUACGUUUUCAAAAAAUGUGACCGAGUACCAUUGCGACCAGUUUAAAGAUCAAAUAAGCAUCGGAAUUUUCAGACCUGGAAUUAUAACUUCCAGUCUCUCCGAGCCGUAUCCAUCCUGGGUAAAAAGCAAAGCUGGUUUAGUAGGUGUCAUCAUGUUGUUGGCAUCAAAGACAUUACCAAGUUAUUACAUUGCAACCACUUCGAUGUCCCACGCCGUACCUGUCGACAUGACAGCCAACGCUCUAAUUACAUGUACCUUCGAUGUCGUCAAGAACAAAUCGAAGGACACCAAAAUCUACAACUAUACUUCCAACAACAACCCUAUUACCUACCACGAUGUCUGGAUGCAUGCAUCAAAAAACAAACUUUCUUCAGUUAUUACUGACAACUAUUAUUGGAAUGCGAUCAAAAUUUUCAUUUUCAUGUACAUCCCAUUUCUGUUCAUGGAUAUUUUCCGAUUGUUCACGCUACAAAAAACAAAGUAUCUACAAGUAUAUGAGAAAAUCAAUCAAUUCGUAAAUGCAGUUAGCUACUUUUCCGAAAAACCUUUGAUUGUAGACAACAAUAAUUUGGAAAAUAUUUGGGAUUCGCUCAGCCAACAUGAUCAAGACUUGGUUCCGUUUAAUUUGAGGGUCAUCGAUUGGAAGGAUUGUUUCUAUAACGUGCCCUAUGGCAUUGAGAAAUAUUUGGGUAUUAAGAUGAAAUUUUAAUAUAUUUUUUUAAUAAUUUGU